UUUUUUUUUUUUGCUGUAUGACAACUUCCUCCCGGAAAGGGCAACGCGUUAGAUACCUUCUGUUUUCGCAAAUUAUGUAUAAGCUAAAUUAAUUAUUUCGGGACAACAUGAUCAUCGGAUUCUGUUUCAUCAUUGUGUUUGCGGUGCUGAUAAACAAAGUCUCUCUGCAGCUCACAGUAGAGGUCACAGUAGAGGGUUUCAUCGGUGGUUCUGUUCUCCUGCCGUGUUCUUCAACUCAACAUGAUCUUAAACUUCAAGACACUGAUGUGUUUUGGAGAAACAAAGCUAGUCAGUCUAUUUAUGAUUUAAUUAAAGGUACAGAAUCUUUAGAGUCACAGGACCCACGGUAUAAGAACAGAGUGCAAACUUUCCCUGACGAGUAUAAGAGAGGAAACUUCUCCAUCAAACUCAUCGAUCUCACUCACGCUGAUGAAGGAACGUUCAUCUGCCUCAUCACACGCUCAAAUGAACGGGGUACUGUACAGCUGAUCAUCAAAGAAUCAACAGAUCAAGAAAACCAUGGACCAGAAACACAAAUAUUAGACUGGUGGAAGAUAUUACUGAUCUGUGUUUUUACUUUAUUACCUGUUUUCGGUUUGUCUUAUUUCAUAUUUCAGCAUGGAAAAAGAACUCUCCCAAGAAGUCUCCCAUAUAGAAAGAACAGUAGUACACUUUCUCAUUUUCUAACUUUAUUGCACCUUUAAUGUUACUUUUAGUCAAAUUUGUCCCGCUUUCAUUGCUUCUUUCUGGUGUAUAAUACUGUUAAGGCCUUUUGCACCUAGCAGUGCAUGUUUUCUGGCACCCAUUAUAACUAAUGUUUUCUGGCACCCAUUGUAACUAAUGUUCUCAUCAGAAGAGUUAGUGGCAUGUCUUGCCAAAUCACAUUUUAUGUUGCGGUUUCAAUGGAGCACAUCUGAUGCUGUGCUCCCCUUACAGUGUGAAACAAGCAUUACACUGUUUUGUGCUGUGAUAUUCUUGUGGACACAAAUCACUGUCCGCUGCUUGUUCUUAUUGUGUAACAAUGAGAUUGUGAAACACUCAAACGGGAACAUGCUGUCAGUUGUUACGUUUUUUGCCUUAAAACUUUACCACAAUUGUCCUUUCUUCAUGUUUUGUUUGCCAGAAUAAAUGUAUCUUGUUUGCCAGUAUAAAUGUAUUUUGUAUUCUUACGCCUUCCUUGUUUGUUUAUAUAAUAUAAAUACGAUAUUAAUUUUAUACUGUGGCCAUUUAUACAAAAGCCAUUAAUCAUCUUAAACUCAACAGAUUUCCAUGGGUAAGCAAUUUUCUGUUGAAUUCUACAGAUUAAUAUAAUUUUACAAUAUUUGUGUAAGCUAUUGUAGAAUGUGUUAUGAAAGGGAAGAAUAAAGUGAAUAUGAAGAAGUAAAUGUUUUGACAAGCUAUUCGCAAGUGUUUUGUUAUAUUUUCUGGAAAUAUAAGACAUAUGACAGUAGUUAUGAAAGUCUUUGUUUUGUUCUUCUAAUAAUUAUACAUUUAAAAUGAACUGGAUCAAACAACAGUAACACAAUUUCACAAUAAAUAUGUUGUAUAAAAUAAAAUCAGUGUAUCAUGAUA